AUGGAACUUCAUCAAGGUCAAGCUCAACAUGAUGCGUAUAGUGCAAUGGCGAUAUGUCUCGUCCCAUUACUCACCAGUUUUUCAGGAUAUGCCCCGCCUCCGCUGCCUGGUGAACAGCCGCCUCCCCCUCCAGAUGGACAACAACCGACUGCGCCUCAGGGAGAACAGCAAAAUACGGCCGAAGCCUAUGCAGCUUAUUGGGCUCAAUACGGUUACGAUGUCAACUCUCCCCAGUUCAAGGAAUGGGCUGCGACUCAACAACAACAACAGUACAAUCAAUAUUACGCCCAAGCUGGGUAUAACGGAGUUGCUCCGGAGGGGGAUGCACAACCUCAACCGCCGCAACAAGCUCCGCCGCCGCCGCCGCCGCCUAGUUAG